AAUAAAUUAUUUGAAUUAACGCCAUUUGCGCCUGAACUGAAUUAUAAUGACCUAAGUAUGUGGAAGUUGUGUUUGCUUCACACAUUUAAUAAUGAUGGAAUUUUCAUAUGUUCCUCAAAAACAAUAUAGAUGGCGCUGUAAAGAUUUUCCUUCGUUUAACCCUCUAAUUUCAUGGAUAACAGACAUACCUAUAAUGCAUCUUUCAUAUUUGUUAUAGGGUAUGAAAUGAUGACCCUUUUUAUUACACCCAAGCACAAUUACUUACAUCUUCCACUCGUUAUUAUUGGGCAUUUUUUUUUUUCGUUGUACCUAUGGUUAAUGACAUGUCCGCUACUAUAAAAACGGUGAUAGAAAAAUAACUUUUAUAGUUAGAGCAUAGGCAGUCUUAAAACAGGCUAGCUGAAUAUUUAACUUAUUUUAAAACGAAUAAAAUCUAUUUAAAUUCAUUAUAAAUAAAAAGAUAUUGUGAAAUAAAAAAAACGGAAAGGAAUUUUUUCGGUAGACGCCAACUAUUUUUUGAAAAAUAAACGUCUAUAUCUUCGCGAUCUUUCGAUUGUGUUAUUGCUAGACUUAUUUUAUGUAAUGGUCUAAGUCUCAAAUUACAUAUUAAACCGUAAUUCUACAUAAAAUAAAGCUACAAAUACUUUAAAAGUGAGUUUAUAUUAUUCCGCUACAAUGGAUUUCCCCUAUACGUUACCAAAAUUAAUUCCGUUACAAAUCCCAAAUUCGAAAGAUAACUACCAAACUCUGUCCUUUAUUUGAAUAUAGCAACAUUUUUUGAGCGGUUGCAACCGAAAAGGUAUGAAAAACCGGUCAGUUCGCGUCGGAAUUUGUAACGGAACGUUUGUGUUCGACGUGUCUCAUCCCUGUGUUCCCCAACAACCUCAGAUCAUGGCGCCUCUAACACCAGCCCAGAAACAAAAAAAUUACAGGGAACGAAUUAAACAAGAUCCAGAAAAAUAUGCGAUGGUAAAAAAGAAAGAUUUAGAUAGAAUUCGGAAAAAUAUAGCUAAAAAGAAAAUUGGCGAGAUGAACGAAGAAGAAAAAAAAGAACAAAGACAAAUUUGGAGAGACAAAAGAAGGGAACAAAAAAUAAAAAAUCUUGAAAAAAAAAUACACGAUGAUGAAAAACAAAAACUUGAAGAGAAAAAAAAGAAUCAUAAUGAUGAGAAACAGAUAUGCCGAAAACAAAGAAAAGAUAGAGCACAUUCGCUCUUAGUUAAAAAAUAUAAUCGUGCUUUAACAAAAAUAAAAAAACUUAAAAACAUAAUUGAUUAUAGAAGAAAACUAUACAAAAACUUGGAAACUACUACUGCACAAAAACUUAAGGAACUGGAAGAUACUAUUAACAAGAAACAAGCCCGGGAGGAGGUCCUAGAAAUUUCGCUUCGCAAUGUCUACAGACAGUGUUCCUCUUCAACAGAAAAAGACGUUUUGAAGAAUAUUGUCAAUCAGGAACCUAUUAAACAAAACAAAUCUGUAGGUUACGUAGCGAAAUUGCUAGGUUUGCGUGGAAGAAUUCGACACAAGAAAGCAAAACUACCAAAAUAUUCAGUAUUUGAGAAGGAAGUACGAGCCUUUUAUCUCCGUGAUGACGUCAGCCGAUGUACUUCGGGUAAAAAAGAAUGUAUAACUAACAAGAAAAAUAAGCAACAAAGAAGAUAUUUACUGGAUGUUUUGUCUAAUUUAUACGAAAAGUAUAAAAAGGAAGGGGGAAAAUGCAGCUUUUCCACAUUUUUUAAGUACAAACCAUUUUUUGUAUUGUCACCAGGUCUUACCAACAGAGAGACAUGUCUGUGUAUUAAGCACAGUAACAUGGAUUUAUUAUUUAUGGCCCUUAAACAAAGUGGAUUGUUAUCGAACCAAAAUAUUUUUGCACUGCUGACCAGCCUAGUUUGUGACACAAAAAAACGAGAAUGCAUGUACGGAGAGUGUGAAACAUGUAAAAAUCAGAAAUGUAAUUACAAUGUUUCUGAAAGUCCAACGGAAUUAGUAACAUGGCUGCAAUGGGAGCGAGUCAAUCACGAGUAUACAAAAGUGGAAAACGGAACACCAAAACUUUUGAUAACAAAAAAAACCGAAAAGCAAACGAAAACAGGAAGCGAGGAAGAACUUAAAAAGAAGUUUGAAGAAAAUUUUGUAUUAUACAAGAAGCAUUGCUAUAACGUUUUCCACCAACAGCAAAAAUACCAAGAAAUUAUUAAAAAUUUAGGACCAAAUGAAGCUCUUAUAUUGUGUGACUUUUCAGAGAAUUUUUCAUGCAAAUUGCAUGAAGAAAUCCAAGCAAUGCAUUUUGGUGCUAGUAAGAACCAAAUCACGCUUCACUGUGGAAUGGUAUAUUGGGCUAAUGAGGCUCAGUCAUUUUGCACGAUUUUGGACAAUAAUUCGCAUGACCCGCCUGCUAUUUGGGCACAUCUUUUACCUGUACUGAAGAUGAUUAAAGCUAAAACACCUACUAUCGAUACCAUCCACUUUUACUCCGACGGGCCUUCAUCUCAGUACAGACAAAAAAAGAAUUUUUACCUUCUUUGCCUGUUCGGAUUAAAGCUAAAGCUUAACUUUUUAACAUGGUCAUUUUUUGAGAGUGGGCAUGGAAAAGGUGUUGCGGACGGAAUUGGUGGUUCCGUAAAACGGUCACUUGAUCGCCAAGUUUUGUAUGGCAACGAUAUAACCAGCGGAUUAAAUGCCUAUGAUGUACUCACGAGGUGCAUGAAGUCUGUUAAGUGCAUUUAUGUGACGGAAAGAGACAUCAGCAAUAUACAGAAACUUGUCCCGACUUUAAAAGCAGUACCGUGCACGUUACAAAUACAUCAAGUUCUUUACCAACCUGCUGCUACAAAUUCUAACACUGAGAUGUUUUAUCGAAACCUCAGCUGCUUUUGCACCAAGCAACGUGUAUGCCUUUGUUAUUUACCCAAAAAACACAUAUUUCCCACAAUUUCUCAGAGCACAAUUCCUCCAAAACAGGAAAUACAAUCACCAAAAUCUGAAACCGAUAAUACAGAAUGCCCUGGCUUGCCUACUACCUCAUCCAACAAUUUUACUCAUGCAGUUCAAAUUCAUCAACCAAUUCAGAAACACAAAAUUAAAGUCAUGACUCCAAAAAAAAACGAUUCCAUUUUAAACUCGAAAAUGACGGAUGCCAAUUCUCAUCCUCAACACCUUGAACAGAAAAAUCUGGACGUAAAAGCUGAAGGGUCACAACAUAAAAAACGACGACUUUCUGAAGAAAAACUAAUUAAGCCUAAAUCUUUGCGCACAGUAAUUACACGAUCAUUUCAGUGUAAUAAGUGUCACACUGUGAUGCAUUUUACUUCGAACAGCGUAACGACAUGCAUGUCGUGCAAAUUGAAAUAUUGCUUUAAAUGUAGUAGUGGGCAAACCUAUAUUGAUUAUAUCUGCGAAAUGUGUCUAGAAAAUGGUCCUUCGGACGAUGAAUCACAUUCUUCAAUUAUCAUGCUUGACUGAGAUUAAUUAUUUUCUUUAAGAGUAUCAUAAGUUCCUACGUAUUAUAAGUUAAAAAAGCUGUGAUUGUUUUUUAUAAGUAAAUGCCAAAUCUAAAACUUUGUAAAAGUUUUUAAUUAAGAUUCAGUUGUUUAAUAUUACUAAGAUUUAUAAAGAUUGACAACAAUGUAACUGUAGUGAAACAAUAGUGAUAAUUCAAAUAGUACAAAAUAUAAUUACGUAUAAUAUAUUAUAUAUAAAUAAAGUAAUAUACAUAUAUAUAAAUAUAAAUACAUUUGUCUAACUAUAAUAUAAGGUU